UGAUCUGAGGAGGACUGGGGAGGAGCAGAAAGCUGGUUCUAAGAUGACCCGAACAGACCCACCUGAUAUCCUGGUGUCUGCGGUGUAUCAGGACAUCCCUGUGGCCUCCCUGGGCUCCGCCAGCUCUGCCUUCUGCCGGCCCACGAGGCGAUGUGACUCCUCCAUGUCUUCGUCCCUGGAGAACCAGCCUGCCCAACACUUCAACAAGCGACACUGUCGCAGCUUCGAUUUUCUUGAGUCUCUCGACGACCCACCGCCUGCAGCUCCCGCCAUGGAGCGGCGUUCCCGACGGCCCCCCACGCCGGAACCAUCCUCAGCUCCUGCGGGCAAGAAGGUCUCUGUCCGGGCCGCAGCGCAGGAAGACUACGUUUCCCAGGGGAGGGAGGUCCCAAAGGAGGUGGCCCCCAGGGCCGAGCCCAAGAGGCGGGCCCGAUCCAAGAGUGCACCCCGGGUCAAAUCCACCUUCACUCCGGUUGUCAUACCCAUGUCCUCGUGCUCUCCACCAGCCCUAACUAGGAGAGGACGUGAAGUCCAUCGGGUGUCCCGAGAGCCUGAGCGGGCAGAGGUGUCCCCUCGCCGGGAAAGCAGUUACGCCUCCAUGAAAGCCUUGAUGAGCGAGGUGCACCCCAUCAAGCUGCAGCCUCAGCGGAGCAGCGGCAGCCGCAUCUCCCCUCUCUGCGUAACUGGAGCAAACUGCCAUGAAGAGGCUGCCCUGGCUGCACGGCUCCUGCUCCCCAGUGUGCAUGUCAAGCGUCGGGUGGACAUCAAGCCAGAUGAGGCCACGGUUCUGCAUGCAGCUCGCAGUGCCAAAGGGUCACACGGCCAUGGAGAGGCCCCCCUGGUUUGGCCUCGACCUCCAGGCACGCCCCAUAGCUUGGCAGUGCCCAGCAGCCGGCAGGUACCUGUGUCUCGGACUCCCACACCCAGUGAUACUUACAGCGGGGAACACCGAGGGCUAGCGCCGUACCCUGCUGAAUUUUGUGAUGGAGGUGCUGCCGUGCCUGAAAGUGGUUGCAUUCCUUAUGUCCCAUAUGUGCCAACCAAGUUCUUCUACACUGAGGAGCCAGGCAGUUUCCCUCUGAAAAGUUCCAGCUAUAAGUCUUACCCUCCCCAUUAUGGGGGCCAGGUUCUCCCGCCCCAAUCUUUUUAUGCAGAAGAACCUCCCCCAAGCAGCUUCUAUCCUCUCCCAGCUAGAACCCUUUUUGUGGAGGAAAACAGGACUCAUUAUCCCAUUCAGGAGGCCCCUGCCCAGACUUACUAUGGGGAUGACCCACGCUUUUACACUCCCAGGACCCCUCCCACAAAAGCUGCUGUUUACACCGAAGACCCUAGGGCAUAUCCUGCCUUGAGGGCCAACCCACGAGUCUUCUACACUGAAGAUUAUGGGAAAUAUCACGAGCGAGAAGCCAUGUCUCGCACUUACCCGCAUUCCCGUAUUGCCCCAUCAGUGCAGUUUAACGACUGGUACUGCCCUGAAAGGGGGACAGUGCCCUACCAGACAUGGCAGGUGUCCCGCUUUCCAGCUCACCAACCUUCCCCCCAAGCCAUGCUGUCAUCAUGGCAUGCCAGCUACAGUGUCAGCCCCCCACGGCUUGAUGUUGACACAAGGCACUAUUCCAAAUCCUGGGACAACAUUUUGACCCCUCAUGUGCGCCGGGAAGACCAUCUGUUGCGUGGUCGUAGCUACGAGAACCUGCUGUCCCGGGAUCCACAUCGCACUUUCUCCCCUGACGACCGGCGCCAACCAGUGGUGGUGAACCUGUCCAGUUCUCCUAAGCGUUACGCUGCCCUUUCCCUCUCUGAGAAUUCCCUCAUCGAGAAGAUGCACGCGGAAAGGGGGCGCCAUGGCUGGUUUGUCACUCCUGAGAUCACCAUCACAGACAAUGAUAUCCGAGCCAACGGGUUUGGCAGGAGGGAGAGGCGCUCGGCCAGUUGGGAUGUGCUGGAUACAGGAGAUCCGCGAGACAGGGGCUGCAUCCCAACCCAGCCCUACGGCUCAGAGCCCAGUGCCAAAGAGAGCACCGCCCGCCAGCGCAGCCUGGAGCAGUUGGAUGAGCUCAUCACGGACCUGGUAAUUGACUACAAGCCCCCUUCCGUUUGCCAGCCCAGCGAGGUCAGCAACUUGGCCGACCAACUGCGGCAGCUGAUCAGUGACGGGCUAGGCCUGCCUGCCAAGAAGCCGGAUCCUUGGAGAUCCGCGGAGCCCCACCCCACCAAGGAGCAGCCUGGCCGCAGCGCCUUCCAUGCUGACCUACGCAAAGACCAGGGCCGCCGCUCCACUGACGCCCCAGGGCCUGCCAGGCCCUUGGAAAAAAGCCUGGAUGACUGUUCCCCGGAUCUCAGCGCUGACGAGGACGAUGUGAUGAUGUGCUCCAACGCCAAGUGCCGCCGCACAGAGACCAUGUUCAAUGCCUGCCUCUACUUCAAGUCUUGCCACAGCUGCUACACCUACUACUGCUCUCGCCACUGCCGACGGGAGGACUGGGACACACACAAGGAGAGCUGCAUCUAUGGGCGGAUUGGCAGCACCUGCCGCCACGUGCUGCAGUUCUGCCGGGAGAACUGGGAGGUGCACAAGGCCUUCUCCCGCAUCGCCAAGGUUGGCUUCCUGUCGCGGGGUCGUGGGGUGCUCUUUCUGGGCUUCCCCAGCUCAGGCUCCGCGGAGAACUUCCUGCAGUUCGGCCUGGAGAGCUUGCUGAUGUCACCCACUUACCUGUCACUGCGGGAGCUUGAGGGCUACUCGGACAACCUGGGGGAGUAUGCCCAGGAACUCCAGGAAGUGGGCCAGCAGUAUGACCCUGAGGAAUGCUUCCUCCUGAAUGUAACAGUGGCGGUGGGGCAGAACGUGCCCGAGCGGCCGUCCCCAAAGGUACAGGUGCCAACCGUCCGCAAGUACGCCAAGAUGGCCUUGGCAUCCUCCAGCCCGGAGAAGAAGAUCCUCAAGAAGGAGCGGGACAUGGAGACGCUGAUUUUGACGCCCCCUCCCGGCACGGCUGACCUGGACAAGGACGGUGAGGAAGGGCGCAAAGCGCGAGAGGUUUGCUUCAUCAACAUCCAGCGUGAGCUGCGCAUCCGCGGCGUCUUCCUGCGGCAUGAGUUCCCGAAGAUUUAUGAGCAGCUCUGUGCGUUUGUGGAAAGCAACAAGCGUUUCACGCCCACCACCAUCUACCCUAUUGAUAAACGGACCGGGAAGCAGUUCAUGUGCAUGAUCAUGGCAGCCUCUGAGCCACGCACCCUUGACUGGGUGGCCAGCCCCAACCUCCUAGACGACAUUAUGUGAUCCCCCUUCUCCCACGGUUUCCUC